AUGAGGAACCAAACAGCAAUAACAACAUUCAUCUUGCUGGGACUGACAGAUGACAUUCAGCUACAAAUUCUGCUUUUCAUCUUUCUAUUUCUUUCCUACAUGUUGAGUGUAUCUGGAAACUUAACCAUCAUCACCCUCACUCUGAUUGAUUCCCACCUUAAAACACCUAUGUAUCUUUUCCUCCAAAAUUUUUCUUUCCUUGAAAUUUCAUUCACAACUGCUUGUGUUCCCAGAUUUUUGUACAGCCUAUCCUCGGGGGACAAGUCUAUUACCUAUGAUGCUUGUGCCAGUCAACUGUUGUUUACAGACCUCUUUGCAGUCACAGAAUUUUUUCUGCUGGCCACCAUGUCCUAUGAUCGCUAUGUGGCUAUCUGUAAACCACUGCAUUACAUGACCAUCAUGAACAGCAGAGUCUGUAAGAACUUCCUCCUUUUCUGUUGGGUAGCAGCACUGAUCAUCAUUCUCCCACCAAUUAGUCUGGGUUUGGGCCUGGAAUUCUGUGAUUCAAACAUUAUUGAUCAUUUUUGCUGUGAUGCCUCUCCUAUCCUGAAGAUCUCUUGCUCAGACACAUGGUUCAUAGAACAGAUGGUGAUAGUGUGUGCUGUGCUGACAUUCAUUAUCACCCUCAUGUGUGUAGUUCUCUCCUAUAUUUACAUCCUCAGAAGUAUUCUAAGAAUCCCCUCUGCCCAGCAAAGGAAAAAGGCCUUUUCCACUUGUUCUUCCCACAUGAUUGUUGUUUCUAUUACUUACGGCAGCUGCAUCUUCAUUUAUGUCAAACCUUCAGCAAAGGAUGAAGUGGCUAUUAAUAAAGGGAUUUCACUCCUUAUUACCUCUAUUUCACCAAUGUUGAAUCCCUUUAUUUACACACUAAGAAACAAGCAAGUGAAGCAAGCGUUCAGUGAUUCAAUUAAAAAACUUGCAUUCCUCUCAAAGAUGUAA